AUGGGUAACGUGGACAAAUCACAAAUUCCAAGACCAUACAAAUGUCCACUAUGCUCUCGUGCAUUCUAUAGAUUAGAACAUCAAACUCGACACAUUCGAACACACACAGGAGAAAAGCCACAUGCUUGCAACCAUCCUGGCUGCGGAAAGAAGUUCAGCAGAUCAGAUGAAUUGACCCGUCACGUUCGUAUUCAU